AUGAUCCCCCCUCUUACACAUCUUCUGGCGACUGCUCGUCUGCUUUCUGGAGCGUGCGAAUGCGGCUACUCGAUCACAAACCCUCAAGGCGAUAGCGAUAGCCCAAUGGUGUUUUCUGAUCGGCUGGAGACCAAGUUCAGCCAGCUGCACAACAUAUCUGAAGGGCACGACUGGGUAGCUCAAAAUUUUACAGUAUCGGCAGCAGACGGUAGGGGUAACUUCGGCAAAGCAUUCCUGCCCAACAAUGUCAACCCUCAUGAAACAAAGUCUGUGGAUGAUUCUGGGCUUGAGCUACGUUAUUUUAACGAUACUCAGGAGAUCGAUAUCGAGUUCCUUUCUCAAGAGUUUGAUCACGAUAAUGGUAUAUACCCUAUCAAUCUGGUUGUUCAGUCCAAGAAAUCCUUGGAGGCUGGCUAUGAUGCCAGCAAAACUGGCAGUUUCAAGCGAGUCAAGCUAGAUUUCGACCCGACAGACGCCUUUCACGAGUACCGCUUUGACUACCUUCCAGGACAGGUCCUAUUCUACGCUGACGGCAAACUGCUCGCCCACAUGAAAGGAGCCGACAUGCCUUCUUCUGGGGGCCAUUUGAUUCUUCAGCAUUGGAGUAACGGCAAUCCGUUAUGGUCAGGCGGGCCUCCAAAAGAGGAUGCCACAGUCACAGUCAGUUAUGUCAAAGCUUACUUCAACUCAUCAAACAGUGAGCGCCAGUCGCAACUGGCGAGACGGUGUCACGAAUCGUCAGAGGAAACUUCGGUGCUAGCACAACGAGAGUCGCGCCAGGAACCUCUGUCUGUGUCUUGA